AUGCGCAUCGCCAUCGUCGCACCCUUAUUCGAAACUGUUCCACCUUCGAAAUAUGGAGGAACAGAAAGAGUCGUAUAUUUCAUUGUUGAGGAACUUGUCCGCCUUGGCCACACAGUCACCUUGUACGCCGCGCGUGGAAGCAAGACAUCUGGUAGAUUGGUCGAGUGCUUCCAUGGCACUUUACGUGGUCACGGGAUUGCAAACGGCUCUGAUGACGCCAUCAAUGCAAACAAAGCGCAGCUGAAGCUCGCUAUAUCGGACAUGGCGAAUCACGAUAUCCUACAUAUUCACCACGCUGUUGAAUCCUAUCAUCCCAAGCUUUUUGAGUCCAUGCAAGAUAUUCCCAUUGUAUGGACAGACCACAACGCCCUACACACAGCGGGAAAGCCCUUGAGCUUGAAGUCGCUCGCCAAUCUCGACAUUGGGAUGACCGCUUUGUCAGAAUCGCAUCGAAGCACAGUCUCUGAUGAUGACGCAAAGUGGCUAGAAACAAUUCACCAUGGUCUUCCUGCGAACCUGUUGACUCCCGUACAAACCAUUCCGACCUAUCUCGGAUUUCUAGGCCGCGUUUCUCCCGAGAAAGGAAUCACGACAGCCAUCAGGAUUGCGAGAGCGGGAGGUUUCGAGCUCAAAGUUGCAGCAAAGAUUGACAAGGUCGAUGAGGAAUUUUAUGAAAAGGAAGUGAAGCCUCUUCUUGCUGCAUCAAAUGUUGGUUUUAUAGGUGAGAUCUCAGACGCAGAGAAAAGUCGUUUUCUAAGCGCAGCUAUCGCCCUCAUCUUCCCCAUUUGCUGGUUGGAACCUUUCGGGCUUGUCAUAAUUGAAGCAAUUGCAUGUGGUUGUCCGGUAAUUGCUUUCAGAAAGGGAUCAGUGCCUGAGAUUGUGGAGCAUGGUGUGACAGGCUUUAUCGUAGACACAGAAGAAGAGGCUGUGGAAUCGUUGCGGCAUAUAGAAAGUCUCGAUCGAACGCUUAUCAGACAAAGGUUUGAAGAGAGGUUCACGUCUACUACCAUGACUAAGAAGUAUGUAGACGUGUAUACCAGGAGCAUUAGACAGACAAACGCUUCUCAAAUAGCUAAUAAGCUAAAAAUAGCUAUUGCGAUUCAAGAAGUUAAUCUUCGCAAACAUCUAGACUUCUUGUAA